AUUGAUUUUCAAAAUAUUUUCAACAUAAAUUACACUUAAAACAUUGAUUACAAUUUAUUAACCCCAUAAUUCCCUCCCCUGCUAUAUAACACCACUAGCAAACCACUCAAAUUUCAUCAAAAUUAAACCCCAAAAAAAAAGAAAUCAUCAACUUCCAAACAUGGUAUCCAACGUUUGGCGCACAAUCCUCAUUCUGGCAGCAAUCGCAAUCCCGUCUUUCGCGCAGACCCCGACGGUGACAUUCACCAACCGGAUUGUCCCCGACACCCCGCAGCCGCCGGACGUGAAAGUCAGCUGUUUGGCCGCCGGCGGGUUAUCGUCGCCGGCCUCGUUCGACUUACUCCCAGGCCGAACGGAGUGGUUCCAGCCGGAGACGAUGGACGCCGUCUACCAGUGCUCGGUGGUUUGGGGCCGUUUCUUCGUCGCCGUCAAGGGCUUCGAUGCUGCGAGGGACGGCCGUCAUGCCGCCGUCAGUUGGGUGCUUGAUAAACGCGGGAUUUCUGUGAGUUAUGAUCGGGAGAAUUGGGAGUUGGUUAAACCGUGGCACACCAAAUAGGGCCUGGAUUUUUUUUUCUCAUAAAUUUGUACAUGCACAUGAUAUUAUAUCUAUGUGUGUACAAAUUUUAUGCGAAUUUUAUAUUAAAAUGUUUUGCUAUCAAUUUGAGAGUUUUUUUUCUUCAUUUUUUUGAUCAAAAUUGAAAAUUUUGAUUUAAUACAUGCUCAAAUAUAGUCCUCAUGCGGACUGAGUGGCUAGUGGUUGGAUCG